UUUCUAGUGCCCGGUCUGACCGCCGCCUCUUUGGGGCAAUUUGUACCAGUGCGGGGUGGUCACCCGGUUGGGGGUGUCCUGGGCUUUGUCUCUCACCCCAAAAGUAGAAUAGGCUUCUUAGAAGCACCCUGACUUUAGGGACGUCUAUCUGUAGUGGAAUCCACCUUCUCUAAGGAGUUUUGUUACUGAGCUCUGGGUCACACAGCAAACCUUCUCGCCAGCUAAGCGCAUGGAUCUAAACCUUAAGCUUGUAGGAGUCUCGCAGCUCAUUUUCCCAGAAUGAAUCUCCGAACUUCCAAGAGUAACAACCUCCCUUUCCUCAUCUGCUUUUAAUGCCACCAGCGUUAUCAGGCGGUGAUAUCUAAAGCCACCAUCCCGCCCCCUGCCCGCAAUCCUGGAUAGAUUAGCGGCUAAAAUGAUACAGCGGAUGCUAAUUCGUUUUUCGUCCAGCUGGGGGAAGGGUGGUUCUUUUCCACGAACCAAGUUCCUCAACCCUGACGGUCCUCCGGGGGCUAGGGGUCACGGAGCUGGCCCCUCGCGCCUUCCAGAUCGGAGGAAGGGGGCGGCGAAGGCGCGCUGAGCUCGGGAGGUUGAACCCCAGCCUCAUUCCUCGCGCCGCGUUUGUGGGACGCAAGGGGCGGUCGGGCGACGCCCCCAGAGCCGAAAGCGGGGCCUCGGAUGAAGGCCUAGCCAGCGGCAACCGCUCCCCAACUGGGGCCCAGGGCCUCCCCCAAAGAUCCUUCCGCCCCGCUGACCAGUCCAGCUCGGUGCCAGUGCGGUCACUUCUCUUUCAUAAUCAGACCUGGGAUCAAGGUGCCAAGUUGAGAACCCGGCACCAGCCAAGGAAAAGAACCCGCCAGGGAAAAGGGUCACUGGGGCGGGACAGACCCACACUCGAAGCUGGAAAACUCUGGGAGCACAUGAGGCUCCCGCAGGCGGCUGCUGUGGCUGGUGGAGGCUGAGGCCACUGCGGCUGUCACCGUGGGCGUUUUGCUCCUGGAACCUCCGGCAAGAUGGCACUCACGGCUCCCCUCCGGUUAGCGCCCCCAGCCGGGCCCUUCUCCCCUGCAUGUUUAUUAUUACACAGUUCGGGAGAUGAGGGCUGUGCAUAUGUAAGUCAUUGCGUUUUCUAGUCACCUUUGCACAAUGCGGUGGAAACUUCGGCCGGCCUCCGCGAGUUGGAGCAGUGUGCUGUAUUCUAGUGUGUGCGCAUGUGAGCGCGUGUGUCCGCGCGCUUCUGGGUGGAUCCAAGCAUGGCUUGAGAGACAAUCGGGCGUUUCUCCAAGUCGUUUUAAAUUGACGUAGGCGCUCGAAUACAUGAAAGCACUAGGGACGACUGGGGUGCUCAGGAAAUAAAAAACAAUCCAGAAAGUGGUGCCAAGUACUCAAGCUUUGAACUGAGCACCCCGAGUACAGUCGCUCCAGGGACGCGUCCGGAAAUCAUUCUCAGCCCGCUGCAGGCGCCGCCCCAGCUCGACUUUUCCACCCAGCGAAAGCGAUCCCAAGGGUGUUGAUCCUGGGCUGCUUUCAAACUUGCGGAUUGCGUGGCCACACCGAGAGCGCUUCUUGGCGCAGCCCAGCGCUAGACGUGGGCUCUUUCUCCCUCUUCCGUUCAGAUUCAGCCUCUCCCAGAACUUGUUAAAACAUGACAGCGAUUUACUGAGGCUGGGCUCGCAGCGAGGAAAUGGGGAACCAACCAGACCCGCUGCCCCCAAGAAUGAGACACCCCCACACCGCCUUUUCUUAGAUUCCUCUUUAACCUUUGCGAAGAGAUUGCGAACCGGAAGCGUCGGACUUCUUUAGCUGUCCAGCCUGUUUCCUCAAUCUUUGGAGCAGAAUUUUUGAUUGUCCAUUGUAACCUACAGGGACGUAAAACUACGCUCUUUCCAAGCAGUAGCCAGGGUGAUGGGAGAAAGUGGCGACGUUUGCAAUUAUCAUGUCAAACUCUGGAUUAUAUGUCUGAUUAAAGUUUAUUUAAGAAGUUGCAGACUGCGCUUAACCAAGAAAUCCGUAGCCUGUCCCUCAAAAGAAGAGGGAGCUCUGUCCAGCUGACUUAAGCAAGUGUUGUCCUUGCUGAUAAUUCUCCAUCACCCGUUGCCUGUGUGGAACACUUUCCUUAUUGAAUUAGUUUGCACAUGGAGCACAGCAACAAAGAGGGCAACAUAGGCUGAUGAGAACAGAGACAUCAGGAAGAUUAUUUUCCAAUCUGCCCUCAGGACAUUCUCUCUAGCUGGAGUUCUGGACUUCGGCAGAACCCUGCCCAGUUUGAUUUUACUGCCUGGUUUUCUUUUCUUUUCUUUUCUUUUUUUUUUCCCCAACACAUUGUAUUUUAUUUCUGUAUUUCAGAAAUGGGCCUACAGACCACAAAGUGGCCCAGCCAUGGGGCUUUUUUCUUGAAAUCUUGGCUUCUCAUUUCCCUGGGGCUCUACUCAGAAGUGUCCAAACUCCUGGCCUGCCCUAGUGUGUGCCGCUGCGACAGGAACUUUGUCUACUGUAACGAGAGAAGCUUGACCUCAGUGCCUCUUGGGAUCCCGGAGGGCGUAACCGUACUCUACCUCCACAACAACCAAAUUAAUAAUGCCGGAUUUCCUGCCGAGCUGCACAGCAUCCAGUCCGUUCACACGGUCUUCCUUUACGGCAACCAGCUGGACGAAUUCCCCAUGAACCUUCCCAAGAACGUCAGAGUCCUCCAUCUGCAGGAAAACAACAUUCAGACCAUUUCCCGAGCUGCUCUUGCUCAGCUCCUGAAGCUCGAAGAGCUGCACCUGGAUGACAACUCUAUCUCCACAGUAGGGGUGGAAGACGGGGCCUUCCGGGAAGCUGUAAGUCUCAAAUUGUUGUUUCUGUCCAAGAACCACCUGAGCAGUGUGCCUGUCGGUCUUCCUAUGGACUUACAGGAACUCAGAGUGGAUGAAAACCGAAUUGCUGUCAUAUCAGACAUGGCCUUUCAGAACCUCACGAGCUUGGAGCGUCUGAUUGUGGACGGGAACCUCCUGACCAACAAGGGCAUUGCUGAAGGAACCUUCAGCCAUCUCACCAAGCUCAAGGAAUUUUCAAUAGUCCGUAACUCACUCUCCCACCCUCCUCCUGAUCUCCCAGGUACGAAUCUGAUCAGACUCUGUUUGCAGGACAACCAGAUAAACCACAUCCCUUUGACAGCCUUCUCAAACCUCCGUAAGCUGGAACGGCUGGAUAUAUCCAACAACCAGCUGCGAAUGUUGACUCGAGGGGUCUUCGAUAACCUCUCCAACUUGAAGCAGCUCACUGCUCGGAAUAACCCUUGGUUCUGUGACUGCAGUAUUAAAUGGGUCACAGAAUGGCUCAAGUACAUCCCUUCGUCUCUCAACGUGCGGGGUUUCAUGUGCCAAGGUCCUGAACAAGUCAGGGGGAUGGCUGUCAGGGAGUUGAAUAUGAACCUUCUGUCAUGUCCCACCACAACCCCAGGCCUGCCUCUCCUCACCCCGGCCCCUAGUACAGUUUCCCCAAUGACUCAGCCUCCCACCCUCUCUGUUCCAACCCAGAGCAGAAGCUACACGCCUCCGGCUCCUACCACACCCAGACUCCCCACCAUUCCUGACUGGGAUGGCAGAGAAAGGGUGACUCCGCCCAUUUCCGAACGGAUCCAGCUCUCAGUCCACUUUGUGAAUGACACUUCCAUUCAAGUCAGCUGGCUCUCUCUCUUUACUGUGACGGCGUACAAACUCACGUGGGUGAAAAUGGGCCACAGUCUAGUAGGGGGCAUCGUUCAGGAACGCAUUGUCAGUGGUGAGAAGCAACACCUGAGCCUCAUUAAUUUAGAGCCCAGAUCCACCUAUCGGAUUUGUUUAGUGCCACUGGAUGCUUUUAACUACCGUGCCAUGGAAGACACCAUCUGUUCCGAGGCCACCACCCAUGCCUCCUAUUUGAACAAUGGCAGCAACACUGCUUCUAGCCACGAGCAGACAACAUCCCACAGCAUGGGCUCCCCUUUUCUGCUGGCAGGCUUAAUUGGGGGCGCAGUGAUCUUUGUGCUCGUGGUCUUGCUCAGCAUCUUUUGCUGGCACAUGCACAAAAAGGGGCGUUACACCUCCCAGAAAUGGAAAUAUAAUCGGGGCAGGCGGAAAGAUGACUACUGUGAAGCAGGUACCAAGAAGGACAACUCCAUCCUGGAGAUGACAGAAACGAGUUUUCAGAUUGUCUCCUUAAAUAACGAUCAGCUCCUUAAAGGAGAUUUCAGACUGCAGCCCAUUUACACCCCGAAUGGGGGCAUUAAUUACACAGACUGCCAUAUUCCCAACAACAUGCGAUACUGCAACAGCAGCGUGCCCGACCUGGACCACUGCCAUACGUAACUGCCAGACCCCCGGCAGCACCAAGACAGACGACCAAACUCUUGGGAAGGCACACGUGUGUGCACAUAAAGACACGCAAAUUACAUUUGAUAAAUGUUACACAGAUGCAUUUGUGCAUUUGAAUACUCUGUAAUUUAUACGGUGUACUAUAUAAUGGGAUUUAAAAAAAAGUGCUAUCUUUUCUAUUUCAAGUUAAUUACAAACAGUUUUGUAACUCUUUGCUUUUUAAAAUCUUAAAAAAUAGUUGCUGUACUGUACAGGGUUGUACAAUGCGAACCCAACGCCAAGGCAAAAGAACGAGUGAUUCUUCCCUAUGAUGCACAUUUACCACUUUGCUGUUGGCGCUGUUACAAUAAGUUCCUUUCUUAGAGCUGAGGAUCAGGUGAAAGGGCACAUUCAGAUGGACUCGUUAGGGUAAGAAUAAUAUGGGUAAAGCAAAAAAAAUGGCCCAGUUAUUUUCAUGCUAUUUCUAUACCUCCUGGUCUGGAGGAAAAGUAAAAAACAAAAACAAAACAAAAAAAUGUAUAAUAAAAGAAGGAAGGUAGUUUCCUUGAUUUGAUACAGUGCAAGAAAUGCAGAGAACAUAAUGAGGGGAUGAGUUCCCGUAAGAUAAGUUAACCCAAGCUGAGAGAUUCAAGAAACUCAAGAGGAGAUUUGCAAAGAUCUUAAAACCCAGGAGUUGACUUUCUGAUUGGGAACUUAAAAAUCACUCUUCAUGCUUCUCUGGUCCUAUGUGAGAACAGAGCUAGAGACUUGAAUAUGAUUUCAGUCAUCUUCAGGGACAAAAAGUCCUAGCAAGAAAGCUCCCUUAAAACAUGUCACUAUUUAAAUCAUACGUCAGGUUGAAUCACAUUCAACAGAUAUAUAUUCUAGAAUACUUUUUUUAGAAGAGGAUAAUAAAAUAAUUGGAAGAAUUAUAUUGAAUGGAAUUAUUUUUGAUAACAAGAAUUAUUUGGGUAGUUUCACUGAGGCUAUAUCAACAUGAUAUUUAGACCAACUAAAGAAACAGAGUUUGGAAAAUAUUAAAAUGACUUGUUAGUUUAAAAAAUUACUGAUAGACAAAACACCUGAUGAGUGGUUCUAUUAUACAGUGUCAGCUGACUUUGUUAAUAUCAUGUUGAGAUAGCUUGGAUUAGUACCUGUAUCCCCUUCCCAAAUUCUUGUCUUCCGACCAUCUUGCAUAUAUUUUUGUAAUUGUUUAUUGCCACCUUUGUUUUUUUCCUCCUCUGCUCAAUAUUUCAAAAAAAAUUAUGGAUACCACUUUGGGUUGCACAAAAUAUUCAUACAUAUAUACUUUUACAUUUUAAAAUGCACACUAAUUUUCACGGCUGAUGAGGAUACAUCAAAGAUGGAUAAGAGAAUGCGUAUUUUUAAAAGCAAUACCAGGUUUUUACCUCGGAUUGGCUUUGACUCUAUUCUGUUUGAAUCUAUUCAUUCUUUUCCAACAUGGAUGUUCCUCUAAUUUGGACUUUACUAAAAAGUCUUACAUUAGCAGGACCACUCCAAAAAAAAAAAUGAGCAAGUCAAAGAAUUAAGGCUUCCCUAAUUUUGCCAGAGCAGGGCUGAAGGAAGAGCGCAUAGAAAAGAGAGGGAUGUUUGUGCUUAAUACUAAGUAUUUUUGAAAUAAUAUUCAUCUUCAAAAAAUAUAUAUGAUUUACUCUAAUCCUUGUCAUCCCUUAGAUGUAGAAGGGCUAUAGAUCACAAACAUUACUAUAAAAAAACAUACCCUUGGAAAAUUCGUUUCAAAAUUAUGUUCAGAAAUUUCACUCUAUGUUCCAUAUUUCAUUUACAACUGGCCAUUUAUAUUAGAGACUUAUGAAGUAAAUGUCACAAUCAUCUUGCUUUCUCUUUUUUAAGCAAAAUAAAACUGUGAUAUGUCUUCUUUGUAAAAGUUUAGGUAUAAAACGCUAUGCAAGCUUUUCUUUAUAGUAAGAGCUUUAUUUUCUUUAAUAAUAUACCCCAACUUAUAUGUUUGAAUCUCCUUCAUCCCUCAGAGCAAGCAGAAAACAUAACUGAAACUAUAAUGUUGUAGACACAAGAAUUGAAACUACAGUCAGUCAGAGCUGAAUUUAGCUACGAAUUAAUUUAAAUUAAUUCUAAAGUGACUCUGGUUUCCAUUGUAGUCUAUUAGCUAGAGGGUUUUGGCUGUUGUUGUGUUAAAGCUACACCCACACAGGGAAAGGUUAAGACAAUCUGCAGAGAUGAGCAAUGUAUCAGUAAAAUCAGGACAGUGACAGGGGCUUUGUGUACUUAGCUAGGUAAUUCCUUUCCACUGCCCUCUUCCCCUCUGCAGUGUAGAUAAAGCUGUGUCCAAAUGUGUUACUUUGACUUCUGAGGGUUUUAAUUUCUGUUAGCCACAAAAUAAUCAUUCUCAUAUAUUUGUAUUGAAUGUUUAACUCCUGGCGGGAUUUUCAGCUGUUGACACUUCUUUGCUUUGGGCCAGGUAAAACAAGAGUGGAGAGUUUACUAUAAUAUUUUGUCAGAUUUGCAGAAUUAUUCAGGGUUCAAGAGGUACCAUGGAGACCCAGUCAUGUGAAAUGGUUAGAAGGGCGCAGAAGAGUUUCUCUCCUAGCAGAUGUUCCUCAAAAGAAGGAGCCCAGUUACACCCUUUAUUUUGAUCUUCUUGCUGCAUGACCUAGAUUGCUACAAUUACGAUCAGCCCUAUUUGUAAUAACAUACCUUGGGUUCUCACCUCCACCUGCAUAGAAAGCACAUCGUGGAACCUGUAAUGUCUAAUGCAUUUCAUUAAAAUUGCUGAACAGCCCUCCCUCAUGGAUUACACCUUGACUGGCAUUUUAAGUAACAAGCAUGUGUUUCAGAGAUAUAUCCCAUAUGUAUUUGGGCCUCUCUUGAUCUGAUUAGUCAAGAAAUUGCAAGUUGAAAUUGCAAGACAAGGUCAUAGGACAAAGCCACAAUUACUGGCUUAUAAAGAACCUUCUAUCUGACCAAUUGAGAUACUCCUGACUCUUGUUACUGUACAGGCAACAUUCCAAAAGCAAAAGGCAUAGUCAGUCACACAGUUAUUAUAGGGAGUUACUCAUAUCCAGGAUGAUCACUAAUACCCUUUUGUCUGGGGAAAUGUGUGUGAUCGUGGAGGCAUCAGAUGCAUGGUCAACACGUCUCACGUUGCCUGGGAAAAUGACAGGCAGAGAUGGAAAGGUGUUCUGUGUUCUGUGUGCCUAAAGUGGGAGACAGAAAUAAUUCAAUUUCUAAUUAUCCAAGUGUUUAUUGAACAAUAUUAGACGUUUCCCCCGAGAUUACAACAGAAAGUGUAAUGUGACCAGUCUGGUAAGAAGUCGUGAUGAGAUAUGAGGUAGCUAAUAUUACAAUCCCUUUUUCUAUUAGUGCAGACCACAGUGGUCUUAGUCAUUUCACAUAAGUCAGGACUUCUUUCUCCACCAGGGAAGAGGCCCCUCAAGAUGGGAGCAAAGCCUCCAGUGGAGACACGAGGCACCUUUGUCUCUGCAGGGAGCAGGUGCUGCAUUGUCCAGCGAACCUUGGCUGCAGCGUCCCGAGUGGCGUUGGCAGUGAAGUGGUUAGUUAUCUUUGAUGUCUUUAUUUAUGGCAUUUUCCUCUAAACUGUAACAAGAAGACAUUACACUUUACUUCACAACAUGGAAAUAAACCAUUUGCUCCUAACUUUCCUUUCCAGCCCAGAAAGUAAAGGAUAAAAGUGUGUCCCAUAGGGAACGUGAUACAUCCAUGAAACACAACUCCCAGGUCUUGGUCUUUUCAAAAAUUGCCUGAAACUCUUUUUAUGUUACAAUACUAAUGAUAGGAAGCUCUAACUUCUAUCCCUUUUCCAGUAUCUUCAGCAGGAUUGAAAGACAAUUGUUGGCAGUGUGGGAUGUUUUUCACGGAUUAUGGGGGAAGUUUUACAUGUGUAUGAUACUGACGAUACUGUUGUUAACCUACCAGAUUCUUUUUCUGUAGUUUUUGUUUUCAUAGCUGCACACCCACUAGAAGAGCACAAAGCAAAGCCAUGAAAAUAGGCCUUUUAAUUAGUACAGAUCAGCCACACGUGUGCACACAAA